GCAUUGGUUUUAUUUUGAAGAGAACGUUCCCCUACUUCCGUUUCGUUCCGGUUAUAGGCGGAGUGUGUCUCCAUAGCUGCUUGAGCCCCCACCUCCUGUUUCGUCUUUGUUAUUGUUUUUACCAGUCGCGCGCCGUAGCUCCGGUCUUCAUCCUCACCGCCGUUCCGAGGGGUGGCUCACCGUGCGCAUGCAGCAGAAUGGCACGAGCAGUCCUGGCAGUUCCGAUGGCGGCAGCAGGGAGCGGCAGCCUUUGUCCUUCAGCCCGCUGCCCACCGCGACUACACGGGUAAGACGGUUCAUCCAGGAGAGACGGACGCUGCCUCUACCCAGAGUGAUGGUGGUAUUCUCGGCUGCAGGUGACACUGAAAAACCGGGCGAUGCCAUGUCCAGCUCGGACUCUACGGAUGACGACGUUCGGAAGCCUCCCUCCCCAACACAGAACCUCCCUCUGAGCAAACCUCUGCGCUCCUCAGUGAACACCCAGGAGCAGGAGUUCCCAGAAGUCAUCUCUUUGAAUGUGGGCGGAACAUACUUCACCACUCGUCUGUCCACGCUGCGGCGAUAUGAAGACACCAUGCUGGCUGCCAUGUUCAGUGGACGCCAUUACAUCCCACGUGAUUCUGAUGGCCGUUUCUUCAUUGAUCGGGACGGAGCAUAUUUUGGGGACAUACUGAACUUCCUCAGAGAGGGCGAGCUUCCUCACAGGGACCGAGUCCAGGCAGUUCACAGAGAGGCUCAGUACUAUGCCAUCGGCCCCCUGCUGGACAGACUGGAGGACACUCAGCCACUAACAGGGCAAAAAGUACGUCAGGCUUUCCUUGACCUGCUGCCCUACUACAAAGACAAUCUGGAGCGUAUUGUGGAGAUCGCCAAACUGAGGGCUAUGCAGAAAAAGGCCCGAUUUGCAAAGUUGAAGAUCUGUGUCUAUAAGGAAGAGAUGCCGAUCACCCCAUAUGAACGUCCUCUGUUUAACUCUCUGAGGUUUGAACGCUCAGACAGCGAGGCCAAGCUCUUUGAGCAUCAUUGUGAAGUAGAUGUUUCUUUCGGACCUUGGGAGGCAGUGGCAGAUGUUUAUGACCUUCUGCACUGCAUCGUUAGUGACCUGGCUGACCGCGGUAUAUCGGCUGAACAGCAGUGCAUCGGUGUCUGCGAUAAACACCUGAUCAAUCACUACUACUGUAAGAGGCCCAUCUAUGAGUUUAAGAUCACAUGGUGGUAAACCCAGACACUGCAAACUCACUGGACCAAAAAGGAAAUACAUGGAUGUCUCAUUUUACUAGAAUCUCUUGAUUUUGUAUCAACAUUGCCAAAUUUUGUGCUGAUGUCCACUGCUGCAGUUAAUGAUAUUUGGAAUUGUUUCAAAAUACAGCUUUUUUUUUUAAAUAUAGCACUUUCACACAUAAUACAAACAGCAAAGUUUUGGUUGAAGUUGCAAAAUCAGUCUGAGCCUGUUUCUCAUUGAGCCUGUUUACAUGACCAUAAGAAUAUGAUUGCUGUUAGUAAUCAGAUAAUUGUGAUAAUCAGAUCUGAGGUGUUUAUCUGCACUUUAGAAAUGCAAUUUUAGAAAUCGAAAAAAGUUUAGAUGCUCCAGUCCAUUAUUGGAUUUCUUUCAGAGUACAUAUGUACAUAGUGAUGGUAAAAUCAAACUUACUAUUAUUGUCUUCCACUCAUGUUUGAAUAAAUUACUCCCCUUUUCUACAAUUUAUUUUUUUACACACGCAUGUAAAAGACCAAAAUAAAUCAAAUUAACAGGUAUACAUGCACUAACACAUUGGAGGUAUGGGGUGAAUUCCAGGUGCGUUCAUCUGAUUUCUCAUAAUCAGAUUACUAACUAUCGGAUAAAGCAUAUCAGAUUAUGCUGUUUAUUUGAUCACUUGAAUAAUCUGAUAACUCCAGAAAUCAGAUGAUGAUUGGCAUAUUAGUGUGAAUAUAAACAGGCUCAUUGAUUCACAGUAUAGUUGGGGUGUGGAAUAUAGUUUUGUAUUCAGACCCUGAGAAAUUUGACCUGUUACACUAUCACACGAUCAGUCUUUGUCAUUAGCUGAUUUAUUUACUAUUGCAUCACCAGGAAACUCAUAUGACGUCAAAAUGAUUUUCAUCCACUGUCUGUUGUCCUAAUUUAUUAAUGCACUCAUUAUGAAACCAUUUAAGAACUCUUACAGUAAUAGCCUUACAGGAAGUUAAAGGACUUUUUAAAAACUUUUAUAUGUCAAUGUGAAUCACAUUUUUGUACAUGGUAUAAAAGAAAUAAACUGUAUGAGGUUGUAGGGAACACAAAGCACAAAACUUUGACAGAAGA